GGUGGCCCACCUCUCCACACCAGGGACGUCCAACCGCUGAACAAGUCCUAAGACUGACCAACACUCCUAGUGAAGUUGUCCAGCUGCUGGUUGCUCCUCAUCCUCGUCUUCAUCCUCAUCUCGUGGAAGCUGAGACGUCAUGGCAAGCGUUGGUCUUCUCCGAGUCCUCGUCCUGCUGAUGUUAGGGAUGAUUUUCCUCAGCGCCGUCUCUGCACAACGGAUCAGAGCUCAUCGCCAGCACAUGAAGGUCCGAAUCAAUGCCACUGGCGACACCAUCGUCAUGAAGUUUGUGCGUCCGAGUCCAGACAUGAAGCUGGAGGGUUACAUCCUGGGCUACGGCGGCAGCAUGUUCUCCAAACAGUUCAUCCAGCUGCCGGAGAACGGAAAAGCCUACGAGACGGAGCUGGAUGCUGAACCCAAAUACCUGGUGGCCGUGCAGCCGAUCCCAGCUAGCAAUGUGAAGAAGCAAUGCACAGGCAAGGUGAACCUGGAGAAGCCGCUUCAUCUGGUGAUUGGCUCCAUCAGCCCCACGGCCGUGCUCCUAUCCUGGGGCAACCACCUGAAGAUGCCCUAUGAGGGUAACAUCAUGAACGAGUGUCUGGAAGACGGGUUUUACACCAUCCGCUAUCGAGAGAGGAACAGGAAGUGGACCUAUCAGACCUGCCCAACAAGCGACACCGUCGUGGACAACCUGAAGCCCAACACUCCUUACGAGUUUGGAGUGCGCUCCAACAAGGACGAGCGCAGCAGCGUGUGGAGUAAACCAGUUGUCCACAACACCAACAUGGGCAAUAAAAACAUGAAGAAGCUUCACAAGGUGGGAAACCCUUUGACGAAACCCAUGAAACCUUCGGUUCUGUUCCCUCCUCGUCCAGCUGUGCACAACUGGACCCAUCCUCGACUCUCACUGCUCAAAAAGCCAGGUUUUCCUGGAGCUCCACGCACGUCCUUCGCGCCACCUAAGACCCAGCAGGAAGUCCUUCCUCUGCCGAGCUCUGACAAAGGAAAGGUUUUAACACUCAGCACCGGCCGACCAGUGGAUCCUCCAUCUUCCUCCCCCACCCGAGCAGCUCCUGCCGGCACCACACCCAUUACUAAGCUCCCCACCGGUGGUGAUCUGCUUCAGAACCUGACAACUCAGGCUCCCACUAAUGCUCCUGAGAAGCUUCAUAACCCUUCUGCCGUGAACAAAUCAAGGGACGGAUCAACACUGCUGAGAUCAGCUCUGGCCAAUGAGAGGGCCAAAACUAAUCUUUGGGGUCAAGACAGAGCCAGCAAUCCCUCCCCAACACUGCCUUUGCUACCCUUCAAGCCAGCAGCUACCACGGUUGUCAGAUCCAUGAGACCUGGAGGCUCAUCAGGAAAACCCCUUAACCCGUACCUUAAUGGCUUCAGGCUAUCUCACCCUUCCUAUAGAGCCAGUACCUCAGGGGUCCACGGACAGACACACCGGAGCAUGUCCGCACCUAAAGCAGCCUUAUGGCCCAGACCUCCACUGGGGUCGCCUGCUCGCCCAUCUCUACUGAGCAAGAAAACAAACCUGGUGGGCAAACCUGGACAAACGGACAAAGGGAAUAACCUGAAGACAGACAGGUUCAUGAGCCUACAACCUAAAGUCCCGCUAGCAACCACCAAGCCGACUCAACCGGAACGGAAACACAUCACAGCUACUGCUCCAACACCUGCAACCCGACAGGAAACAUGGGAGGACUCAGAUCUGUUUAAAUCACAGCCAAACUCCGAUGUUGAUGCUCUGGGAAAGAAGCGUUACGUGGCACCCCACGUCGUUUACCAAACUGGCAAGAAACCAGACGAGCCAUGCUCCAUCACCUCCUCCCUCAACUACUUCCCCCAAAGCGAAGCCAAUGAGGCAAAUGUGACGUCUCCACCCAAGACGGCACCCUCCAACCUGACAGUUGUGACGGUGGAAGGCUGCCCCUCAUUCAUUAUUCUGGACUGGGAGAAAGCGGACAAUGACACCACAGAGUAUGAAGUCAUCUCCACAGCGAAAGGGCCCGAUGGUGAGCAGGUUUCCGUCCUUACAACCAACCAGACCCACACUGCCGUGGAAAACCUCAAACCUGAGAGCAGUUAUGAGUUUAAGGUGCAGCCCAAGAAUGAGCUGGGUGCAGGACCUCCCAGCGAACCCGUGUCCUUCAACACAGAGUCAGCUGACCCACGAGUGAGCGAGAAUGUGUCAGGCAAAGACGCCAUCUGGACCCAGUUCCCCUUUAAGACGGACUCCUACUCGGACUGCCACGGUAAACAGUACGUGAAGAGGACCUGGUACCGCAAGUUUGUUGGCGUUCAACUCUGCAACUCACUCAGGUACAAGAUCUACCUGAGUGACUCCCUGAACGGUAAAUUCUACAACAUUGGAGAUCAGACUGGCUACGGAGAGGACCACUGUCAGUUUGUUGACUCGUUCCUGGACGGACGGACGGGCAGGCAGCUCAGAGCUGACCACCUCCCAAACCGACCUGGUUUCUACAGGGCCGUGCGUCAGGAGCCGGUCCACUUUGGCCAGAUAGGAGGACAUUCCCACAUCAGCUACGUCUCAUGGUAUGAGUGUGGAACCCCGAUCCCAGGAAAAUGGUGAACAGACUUGGUGCUGGAGUUGUCCUCAGAGAGGCCGUGGCCGGGUUCGCUUCCUGAAGAACCUGCAAGACCUUCAGUGUCCCUCACCUUACCUAGUGCUGUACAAACAUAUAAAGGACCUUGUCAGGGAAUUUGUAAAAGAGCAGUUAGUAAUAAUGGGCAGCGGGUGAAACUCCUGCUAGAUUUAUUUUGUGUUCAACACGAGGGAAGCUGGCUCCCUGGAACAAUGUCAUGAUUUAUAAGAUGUUAUUUAUCGAAAGGUCUUUGGCUUCUGUUGGUCUACAGAGUCAAACGAUCAUUGUGUUAAUGCUUCUGUGAAUCCUCUGGUGUCCAUUUGUGUAAUCUUUUGUGCAGACACUCUAAUCUAGCCGGACAUGUUGGGCAGACACCUGCUCCACGUGUCCUGUCUCUGCUGAAGACACGAGACGUGUCUUCAGACGAUGUCACAUCUGCUGCAGGAUGCUGGUGUCUGCUCGUGGCCUCGCUCCACAUCAGCCACCUGCUACAUCGUGUCAGACACGUCUCUGAUCUGUGGAUGAAGCUCUGCUGUUGGUUUCAUUAUCUGCUGAUUGUUUUCCCAGAGUUACUACUUGGGUCUAUGGAACUUGGACAGUGAUGUUUGCUUUGUUACAAUCAUGUUAAAUGGCUGCAAUGACCAUGUUUGUGGUGUUUGGUGCUCAAUCCAUUGAGGCAGGAGUCACUUGGUGUGUGGUUUGUGGUUGAGGCUCCUUCACUUGCAGUUUGCACAACGGACAUGUUUUUACUGUAUUCAGAGAAACUGUGGUGGUUCAGGACAGGUACAGACUCAUUCCCCUUUCCUGAACAAACAUUGAAGCAAGGCAGGAGCCAAACAACAAUACAUCCUUUUAUUAGUGACUCUGAAUUCUGAGUCAGUGCAGCCAAAGCAGACGUUUGACUGAGAGUGAAGCAGCCACAGGAGCAUCACAUGUUCAGAACACAUGGGCCCAUAACAAAUGCUGCUGGGUAUCUUCUUAUCCUGUUUACCAGACCUGUGUGCCUCCAUCCUCCAGCUGGAGCCGGACUGAACACAUGCAAGCCUUCGUUUGUUAUAAAACAGGGAUCACGUGAAACAACGCAGGAAGGAAACAAACAACAACAUUGGAAGGAAAACCAGGAUGUACAGUACAUUAACAAGAUCUGUUGCAAUGAAACAUUUGGAUUUUCGAUAAUAAAAAGGUUUGGAUUCUUUUUCUAAAAA